UAGGUGAGCAGACGUGUGGUUCUCAAGUUCUCAUUCAACGAGAACCGAACAUCAGAAAGGCGACAAGAACCUACGUACAGAUUUUACUCUCCCGUGAAGAAUGUUCUUAUCGCUGCAGGAAUAAAUUCACUGACACCACCAUCCAAAAUGUAAAUGCAGCUCUUCACAAGGAUGGUGCCCAAAGCGAAGAAGGAAGCCCCUGCCCCUCCUGAAGCUGAAGCCGAGGCAAAGGCUUUGAAGGCAAAGAAAGCAGUGUUAAAAGGAGUCCACAGCCCCCAAAAGAAGAACAUCCACACGUCACCCACCUUCUGGAGUCCUGAGACACUGCGGCUGGGAAGGCAGCCUAAAUACCCCUGGGAAAGCGCCCCCAGGAGAAACAGGCCUGACCACUAUGCCAUCAUCAAGAUCCCCCUGACUGCUGGGUCAGCCACGGAGAAGACUGAAGACAACAACACACUUGCGUUCACUGUGGACGUCAAGGCCAACAAGCACCAGAUCAAACCGGCUGUGAAGAAGCUGCAUGACACCGAUGCGGCCAAGGUCAAUACCCUGAUCAGGCCUGAUGGGGAGAAGAAGGCAUCUGUUCAACUGGCUCCAGACUAUGAUGCUUUGGGUGUUGCCAACAAAAUUGGGAUCAUUUAA